AGGAGUCGGUUAGUUAGGACGGAGCGGCUGGAGGAGGCGAGGCGGGUGUCGAAGGCGGGUUCCUGCGACCGUUGGCUGCCUCGAGUACCCGCGCGCGCCUUUUGAAGGUUUGAAGUUAAAUGUCCGCGGAGGGUGUUAUCACCGAGCGUGUGUGACCGGCCGUAGUACACCCUCGCUCCUGACGCGGUGUGCACGCUCACCUGCUCCUCUCCUCACGCAGUGUGUGUGACGCCCUUCCUCGCAUUUAUUUCCUGACGUGGCUGUGGCCGUUCCUCGUGUGCUGACUGUAGCCGUUCCUCGUGUGCUGACUGUAGCCGUUCCUCGUGUGCUGACUGUAGCCGUUCCUCGUGUGCUGACUGUAGCCGUUCCUCGUGUGCUGACUGUGGCCGUUCAUCGUGUUCUGCCUGGCCGUUCUUCGUGUUCUGACUGUGGCCGUUCUUCGUGUUCACGUAACGUGUUGAGGUCCGCCGUGUUCUGUGUAGCGUUCGUCGUGUUCUCUCCUGACGCGGUAAAGAUCUUUUUUGGUGUUGAGGAUGAUAACGUACUCGCUGGACGACCCGUGCUCCCCGACCAAGGCGGCGGACAUCAGGAUGUUCUUCAAGAAGCCCUCCGCCAGGAGGGCCUUGUCCGAACUCGGCGUCAACGACUCCAAAGCCAACCUGAGGAUGGCCGAGACGUUGUUCACCAUCACCGCUGAACAGUUCAUGAAGAAAUGGAACUUCGACCCCAUACGAUGCCGGCCGCUGCCCUCCGGACGCUAUCAAUGGACACCGGCCAAAACGGCGACCAAGAAACAGCGUGUAACUGCUGCUGCUGCUGCUGCUGCUGCCCUUCGGGAGACGCCCCACGACCCACCUUCGACCUUCGACCAUCGCUCGACCUCGGCCCCUGAAGAUGCCGCCGACGGUAGUAGAUUUCUCGGUCAGACGAACGACGAGUGUCGAUUUUUGGGGGAAAAUUUCGACUGCGACGCUUACGCUACAGCGCUGCCCACUGUUCACCAGCUGCCCACCACCUACGAGCUGCCCACCACCUACGAGCUGCCCACCGCCCACCAGCUGCCUCUCACCGCCCACCAGCUGCCUCUCACCCCACAAAAGAGCCACAAGAGGAGAGAGUCACACACGCCCAAAACUCUACAGUGUAAAAUCACUGACUAUGGACGGCAACGGAAACGGCUCCACUCCUGCUCUAAGUCUGAAGAGGUUGAGAGCGACCCCAUCACGCCCAGGAAGAAGCUGGCUCUCUCGCCCUCCACACCUUCCAAGUAGUGCCUUUUUCUCCUCCCUCCAAGACCUGGUCUGUAAGGGAACCUUCAGAGGCCUUUGGAAGGCUGUUUUCGGAGGGGUCUUUUUCGGAGUUAUCUAAGAAUUUGUAAGGAACUCCGAGGCCAUUAAGGACUCAAAGUGAACUGGUAAAAGCACCUUUACCAGUAAGGAAGAUGCACAUGGAUUCUUCGAGGACUUUUCGAAGUCCUUACCAAAGGAUUUUUUGUUUAUGGAAGGCUUGUCUCCUCCAAUGUUAUCAGCAGAUGUUUUUCUGUCUAGCUGGACGUUACAGUAUCCUCAGAUAACUUACAAAUGUUUGGGAGAAAAAUAAAACCAGAGUUGUCACUAAAUUUUUCCAAAAUAUUGUUUUCAAAUUUUAGAAACAAAUGUAUUUUUGUGUGUUAGGUAUUAAUAAAUUAUGAUAAAUAUUAGAUUAUAUUAAUAUAUUAAUAAAUUUGUUUAAUAUAUUAAUAGGUUUUGUGACAUCUUUGGUGUUUAACCAAUACAAUAUUAUAUUUAAUAUGAUAUACACAGUACUGUAUAGGAAGACUAUAGCAGUGCAAAUAUAGCAACAUGUCACAAUUAUCGUGCCUUAUAGAAUGUCAGGUUAAUAAGAAACCUUUCCUUUAACUUAUUAGUAUAUUUUGGGGGGGAUUUUGCACACACAAGCUGUACAAAAUCCAUGUUGUAUUCACUAUUUGACUCCAUUUUUUGACAAGCUAGCAAUCCGAGUCGUAAACGGUUCAGGAGAUAUUUAUAGAUAUUUUAAUUACUGUAUGUGUAUAUAUAUACAUACAAACAUACAUGCUGUAUAUGUUUGUGUUGGCUCCAGUGUUUAGGUUAGGUCAUUUGGGACAAGUCGCUGCUUGGGUGACCUCCCAACUGCUUGACUCUCUCUAGACUUGACAAGAUUUCCAGAGGCUAGUCAGUCUAGGGAAAGUCUUCAUUUUUUUUUAAUUGCUUCAAGUGUACAAGUUUUGGACGAGUAUAUACAAACUGUAAGGAAGAUUUGUUUGCAGACGAUAUGUCACAAAAUCGUGGCACAAAAUUAGACACCGGAACACACAUUUGAACACGGUAGAAAGUGAACACGUUUCGAUCUGUCCUGGAUCAUUAAAUUUUACCCCGAGGGGCGAGUUUAUUGGGCAGUGCUGCUCAUCCUGUGAGUGAACACACCGCCAUAGUGACAGUAUUGGGCAGCGCUGCUCAUCCUGUGAGUGGACACACCGCCAUAGUGACAGUAUUGGG